AUGAACUUCUAUCCCGCACCCCCGACAAUCCAGGCGGAGGUCUAUCUCCACAUUCCUGACUCGCUGCGCUGCACAGGUCAGCCGACCGAGUGGCGUGGUGGCUUCGCAGGGCCCGCAUCGGACAUCUUCCUGGAGGGCCCGAUCUGCACCCCAGAUGGAGCUCUGUACCUCGUGGACGUUCCUUACGGGCGAAUCCUGCGACUGGACGCGGACAAACAGGUUACAGAGAGUGUGAGGUAUGACGGAGAGCCGAAUGGACUCGCCCUGCUGCCGGACGGGUGUUUCGCAGUGGCAGACUACAAGCAGGGAAUUCUCAAGUUUGACCCUGUUUCUGGGAAGACGUCACCGCUCCUUACUCGGCGCAAUCUAGAGAGAUUCAAGGGCCCUAAUGACCUGAUCGUGGCUUCGAAUGGCGACCUCUACUUCACCGACCAGGGCCAAACAGGACUGACGGAUCCAACUGGCUGUGUCUAUAGACUCUCUUCAACUGGAAAGCUGGACUGUCUUGUAUCCAACGGGGUCUCUCCCAAUGGUCUCGCGCUUUCGCCGGACGAGAGAUUCCUCUACGUGGCCAUGACCCGCGCAAAUGCUGUCUGGCGUCUGCCAUUGCACGCCGACGGCUCAACUACAAAAGUCGGACUGUUCUUCCAGUCGUUCGGAAACGCAGGCCCCGAUGGGCUCAAGGUUGACGAGGAGGGAAACGUCCUGAUCUGCCACCCCAGUCUCGGCUCUGUGUUCGUCGUAGAUGCAGAGGGAGUGCCCAAGGCGAGAAUAGUCACUGCGCUGGAGGGAGGAAAGAAUCUCACAAACUGCUGCUUUGGGGGUGAAGACGGUCGGACUCUGUUUAUCACGGACAGCUUGAAGGGGAAUGUCCAGUAUGUGAAAUGGCACUGCGCUGGGAUGGACUGGAUAAAGAGUAGGAAGACAAACUAG